CAAAUGAAGAGAGGUGCUGAGGGACAGAUAUCAUAACAUAGAGACAAUCAACAGAUUCACGACAGGAACACACAAUCUCUACAAAAAUGGAUCAAGCUCUAAAUUUCGUGCUUCUCAUUGCGGUCUGCUCAUUAUCUGAAUGCAUUCAGCGCCGCUAUCACUAUAUCAACAUGAAUAAGACCUGGACUGAAGCUCAGAGUUACUGCAGAGAGAACUACACAGAUCUGGCCACAGUCCACAACAUGAAUGACAUGAAAGAGCUGAUGAACACUGUGAAUAAAGAUAAUGUGCACGUCUGGAUUGGACUGAAGAAUACAAGUACACAUAAAUGGAAGUGGUCUCUGGGGGAUCCUGUAAACUAUACGAACUGGGGAAAUGGACAACCAAAUUACCAAAGAAAUUGUACUUUUGUGAGAAAUGUAACAUGGCAAUCUGAGAACUGUAAUAGUCAUUUGGAUUUCAUCUGCUACAAUGACAGCAGUAAAGGAUACAUCAUUUUAACAACUAAAAAAACAUGGAGAGAAGCUCAGAGUUUCUGCAGACAGAAUCAUACUGAUCUGACCAGUGUGAGGAACCAGACUAAGAACGAAGACAUCCAGAAUAUCAUUAAUAAUACUGAUAAAUCUGUCUGGAUUGGUCUGUUCAGAGACUCAUGGGAGUGGUCAGAUAACAGUGACUCCACCUUCAGAAACUGGAUGUCUACUGAACCAAACAAUCAUGGUGGCCUUUCUGAAGAGUGUACAGAGGUCAAGAUGAGUGCUCAGGGACAAUGGAAUGAUGCUGGUUGUCAACACAAAAGUACAUUUGUGUGUCAUGAAGAUAAGCUGGUAUUGAUCAAACAGAAUCUGAGUUGGACUGAAGCUCUGAUUCACUGCAGACAGAAUCAUGUGGAUCUGGUUUCAGUUGAUUCAGAGGAGAUUCAGCGCUGGGUGACAGGAGUGGUUCAAAACGCUUCUACUGCAGAGGUUUGGCUGGGGUUACGUCACUCAUGCACUGUGGGCAUUUGGUUCUGGGUAAGCGGAGAGAUUGUGUGCUAUGAGAAGUGGGCUGAAGGGCAUGAAACAGCAGUGGAGAACUGUGAAACUGUGACGAGAUCUGGAGCGGUUCAGUCUGGAGGAGAUCAUCGCUGGAUCCGCCUUCCUGAAACUGAGAGACGCAACUUCAUCUGCAGCAGAUAUGAUUGAGAUGUGUUUGUCAUUUCCUGUGAUACACAACUUAUUGUUUCUUUUCAUUUUCCAUUUAGCUGCAGUGACAAUUUAAAAGCAUGUUUUGGAUUAAAUACAACUCCAAAUUUAGACUCUCAAACGUUAUUAAUAUGUACUGUUAUUUUAAGAAUUGCUGUGUUUUUUUGCUAAUCUUGCUAAUCUGCAGAAGACAAAGCAGAUAUUUUGAAGAACAUCAGUAACCUAACAACACCGGACCCUGCAGAAUUCCAUUGAAUGAACACAAAAUUCUGACAUUUUCCUAAAUAUCUUCUUUUGUGUUAAUUCCACAACCAAAAGAGUCUUAUACAGGGGGAAUAAUUGGUUAAAGAUUUAUAUUUUUGGGUGAACUAUAUGUCUUUCAUAAAACAACAUUUCUUUCUGUAUCUCAAGAGAAUCAAAUGAGUUUGUAAAUUAUCUUAAAAAGUGAAAUACUAACAAGACAAUACAUGUGUGUUUGUAUACUGGUGUAGGAUCUUCUCUCUUGUCUUUCACAACAGUUUUGCAGUUAUUAUCUUAA